GGAGGGUUUGGAAGGGAUGGCAGUGGAGGGCAAAAGAGAUCAGGGGUCUCCGCCGACGACGACAUACUGUGUUACUGGUGCAACUGGUUAUAUUGGGUCUUGGCUGGUGAAGGCCCUCCUUGAUACAGGCUACCAAGUUCAUGCCACCGUACGGGAUCCUGCAAAGUCACUAUCCCUAUUAUCCAUGUGGACGGGAAGUGAGCGAUUGAGAUUGUUCCAGGCUGAUUUGCAAGAAGAAGGGAGCUUCGAUGAGGCUGUAAAGGGCUGUGAUGGUGUGUUUCAUGUAGCUGCUCCAAUGCAGUUCAGCAUUCUUGCAAACGAGCACAUAGACACUUGUGCUCAAUCAGAUAUCAUCAACCUUGCAAUCAAAGGAACGUUGAACCUUCUCAAAGCCUGCUUAAAAUCCAAAUCUGUGAAUAGGGUUGUUUUCACAUCUUCCAUUAGUACUAUCACUGCCAAAGAUAGCACUGGAAAUUGGAGAUCUGUUGUUGAUGAGUCUUGCCAAACUCCUGUUGAUCAUGUCUGGAAUACAAAAGCAAGUGGAUGGAUUUAUGUACUUACAAAGCGUCUCACAGAAGAAGCAGCAUUUAAAUUUGCAAAAGAAAAUCAUAUUGAUCUCGUCUCAGUAAUAACAAGUACUGUUGCUGGCCCAUCACUCACUUUGGAUGUCCCCUCAAGCAUUCGAGUUCUCUUGUCUCCAAUAACAGGAGAACCUGAGACCUUUAGGAUAUUAUCUGCUGUGAAUGCAAGAAUAGGAUCGAUUGCUUUAGUUCACAUCGAAGAUAUAUGCAGUGCCCACAUAUUCCUUAUGGAGCAUGCUAAAGCAGAAGGUCGAUAUAUAUGCUGUGCCCAAAAUUGUCAAAUGUCCAAGUUUGUUGAGCAUCUAGCUGAGGAAUACCCCUGCUCUAAUAUUAGGUAGUCUGUAGAGAAAGAAGAAAACCUAGUCCCUCCUGAAAUUUCUUCCAGGAAGCUAAGAGAUCUGGGUUUCAAUUACAAACACGGCUUACAAGACAUAAUACAUGAGACAAUCACUUCUUGUUUAGAGUACGGUUUUUUACGUCCUGCAAAGUAAUGGACGAUGCUAUGUCGGUAAACUGAAUCUUUCGAUGCAAACUGGUGUAACAUUAAAAUGCGGUGGGGUAUCUGGUUGCGAACUCUUGCAAAAAUUUAGCUUAAAAAUGCUAUUUCAAAGAGCUCAUGCUUUGAAUCAUUGUUAAGAUAAAUAAAAUCCAACACAGAGCAAUUGUGGCACUCCAGAUGAAGGGUCUAAAUCAAGGAGUCGUGUGUGUACGUCUGCUGCCAAACUACCCCCAACGCAGACAUUCAAGACUGAAAAUGAUAAAAGAAUUACCAAUUAAAUUUCCUCGAUUCAGAAUUUUAUACAAAGUGUUCGGUGUUAUAAGGAGGGUGGGUUAGCGUUCUACA